ACACCUUCAGAAUCUUAUGGCUUAUUGUUCCAGAGGGUAACAGCUUCCAGAGCUCCAGAUAAAGGGACAGAUGGUCCUGAAAUCAGCUGAGUGACAGUAGCAGGGACAGCAUCUGGACCCAGAGGAAAUGUACACUCAAAGCGAAUUUACUUUUCAACCCGCAGGUCCCGGCUCGAGGAACAAGAUCUACCAGGUGCCCUGAGGAGGAGGUCUCAGGACCUGGAUGUCGUCAUUUGUGGGGACACCACUGACCAGAGUCUAAGAUUUCUACCCAGAAAUUUCGAGCAGCUCAAGAAGAGACCAAAGACGCAGCGUCCAUCUUCCUGGCCAUUUCCCAGUAACAGAAGACAAUGAUUAAGAACCAGGAAUCACUCACACAGGAGGAUGUAGCCGUGGACUUCACCUGGGAGGAGUGGCAGCUCCUGGGCCCCGAGCAGAAGGACAUAUACAGGGACGUGAUGUUGGAGACCUACAGCCACCUGGUGUCACUGGGGUAUCCAGCCAGCAAGCCAGACACACUGUCUAGAUUGGAACGAGGGGAACCAUGGACAAGAGAAGGUGGACUCCACAGUGGGAUCUGCUCGGAAACCAAGAAAAACGAUGGUCACUUACAGAGGCACUUGCAAAAUCAAAGAUGUCUAAAGAGAACAGAACAGUGCCAUGAACAUAACGCAUUUGGAAACAUUGUUUUUUGCAGUAAAAGUAAUUUUUCUUUAAGGCAAAGUCAUGAUACAUUUGACUUGCACGGGAAAGCAUUGAAAUCAAAUAUAAGUUUGGUCAACCAGAACAGAAGCUGUGAUGUAAAGAACCCAAUUGAGAUUAAUGGACAUGCAAAGCAUGAACAACAUCAUACUGAAAUAAAAUUUCCUGAAUGUGUUAAUUCUGUAAACACCAACUCCCAAUCCCUUAAGGCGCAAAAGACUCAGAAGAUAAAUAGAUCCCAUGUAUGCAGUGAAUGUGGGAAAGACUUCAUCAAGAAGUCUCGCCUCAUAGAUCACCAGAGAGUUCAUACGGGAGAGAAACCUCAUGGGUGCAGCAUAUGUGGGAAGGCCUUCUCCAGGAAGUCCAGGCUCACUGAACAUCAGAAAACUCAUAUAGGAGAGAGACGGUAUGAGUGCACCGAAUGUGACAAAGCCUUCCCCAAGAAAUCACGGCUACUCGCUCAUCAGAAAACUCACACAGGAGAGAAACCCUACAUUUGCGAUGAAUGUGGAAAAGGCUUCAUCAAGAAGUCUCGGCUCAUUAAUCAUCAGAGAGUUCACACAGGAGAGAAGCCGCAUGGAUGCAGUCUGUGUGACAAAGCCUUUUCCAGAAAGUCCAGGCUCAUUGAACAUCAGAGAACUCACACGGGAGAAAAACCUUACGAAUGCACAGUAUGUGACAAAACCUUUCGCUGGAAAUCACAGCUCAAUGCCCAUCAGAAAACUCACACAGGAGAGAAGUCGUUUAUAUGCAGUGACUGUGGGAAAGGCUUCAUCCAGAAGGGCAAUCUCAUCGUACAUCAGCGAACUCACACGGGAGAGAAACCCUAUAUAUGCAACGAAUGUGGCAAAGGCUUCAUCCAGAAGGGCAAUCUCCUAAUACAUCGACGGACUCACACUGGAGAGAAACCCUAUGUAUGCACUGAGUGUGGAAAAGGUUUCAGCCAGAAAACUUGCCUUAUAUCACAUCAGAGAUUUCACACCGGAAAGACUCCCUUUGUGUGUACCGAAUGUGGCAAAUCUUGUUCACACAAGUCCGGUCUCAUUAACCAUCGGAGAAUUCACACAGGGGAGAAGCCCUAUACGUGCAGUGACUGCGGAAAGGCUUUUAGAGAUAAGUCGUGCCUCAAUAGACAUCGAAGAACUCAUACAGGAGAGAGACCCUACGGGUGCUCUGAUUGUGGGAAAGCCUUCGCCCACCUGUCAUGCCUGGUGUACCAUAAGGGAAUGUUGCACACCAGAGAGAAAUGCGUAGGUUCCGUCAAGUUGGAAAACCCUUUUUCAAAGAGUCGCAGCUCAGCUCAUUCGAGUGACAGAGUUCAGGAGAAAACCCCUGUUGAUGCAUUGACUGUCCAGAUGCCUUCAGCGGCAGGUCAGAUUUCAUUACACAUCAGUGGGUUCCUAGCGGAUGGGAACAUGGCCACUGUGGGACCGCCAGGUGCCAGAGGCGUAGCCUCCGCAGAUAACAGAAUUGGCACAGAGAAACCUUAUGAACGCAGGGAAUGUGGUAGUACCUUCAGUGACCAGUUAUGUCAUAUUGUAUGUCACAAAAACCACACAGGAGAAAACUGUGAUGCAAUCAAGGCGGAAGACUCGAACAUGUUGCAAAUCAUAAGGGCCUAUGGGGUUGAACAUAAUGUGAGCAAGGAGAUGAACUUGAUGGCGGUGCCACAGCCCGCCUUCUCAGGAUCUCCAGUGCCUCCUGGGCUGACGGGCCGGUCGCUGAGCAAAAGCCUUCUGUACGUCAGGUGUGCCAAGAUGGCGGCCCCCAGGGUGCCGAGGCGACGGCGGCGCGUGUACAUUACGUCACAAGGGAACGCCAGGAACCCGUAUUCCGUUCUCCAUAGAAACGCAGCAGAAACCCCUCGCGCCUUCGCCGAACAUUCAGGAGCGGAGGCCAGAAGGGAGAAGUUUAGGGAAAAAUUUAGGACAUACCAAGAGAAGAGAAAGACGAGUAUACCAGCUGCUGGCCAUUUCCCCAAACAGACGGAAAUGACCCAGGCCCAGGAACCGCUGACACUGGAGGAUGUGGCCAUGGACUUCACCUGGGAGGAGUGGCAGCUCCUGGGCCCUGAUCAGAAGAUCCUGUACAGGGACGUGAUGUUGGAGACCUACAGCCACCUCUUGUCAGUGGGGUAUCAAGUCAGCAAACCAGAUGCUCUCUCCAAGUUGGAACCAGGGGAAGAAACAUGGACAAUAGACAAUGAACUCCACAGACUAGUCUGUCCAGACACUGGAAAAGUUGAUAAUUAUCUCCAGGAUCACUGGGAAAAUCAAAGAAUGUUGGAAGGUAUGGAACAAAUGCACAAACAAGAUACAUUUGGAAAUAUUGUUCCUCAAAGCAAAAGGCAUUUUCCUUUCAGGCAAAAUCAUGGUGUGUUUGACUUCUACAUGAAAACUCUGAAAUCAAAUUUAAGUUUAGUCAAACAGAGUAAAAGCUAUGAAACUAAGAACUCUGCUAAGUUGAAUGGAGAUGGAAAAUCAUUUUGGCAUGGCAAACAUGAUUUUCAUCUUGCAGUUAAAUUCCCUGUCAGUGCAAAACCCAUUAGCAGUAAGUCCCAGGUCAUUAAGCAUCGGGGAACUCAGGAGGUAGAGAAAGCCCACGUGUGCAGUGAAUGUGGAAAAAGCUUUGCUAAGAAGUCUCAGCUCACUGAUCACGAGAGAAUUCACACAGGAGAGAAACCUUACAGUUGUAGUUUGUGUGCAAAAGUCUUCUCCAGAAAGUCCAGGCUCAAUGAUCAUCAGAAAAUUCAUGAAAGAGAGAAAUCCUUUAUAUGCAGUGACUGUGGCAAAGUCUUCACCAUGAAGAGCCGUCUGAUUGAACACCAGCGAACUCACACUGGAGAGAAACCCUAUGUGUGCAGUGAAUGUGGAAAAGGCUUCCCAGGAAAGCGUAAUCUCAAUGUACAUCAACAAAAUCAUACUGGAGAGAAAUGCUACGUCUGUGGUGAAUGUGGGAAAGGCUUCACUGUGAAAAGGAGGCUCAUCGUACAUCAGCGAACUCAUACUGUAGAGAAACCCUACACCUGCAGUGACUGUGGGAAAGCUUUCACCAUGAAGCAUUAUGUCCUCAUACACCAACGAAAUCAUACAGGAGAGAAGCCAUACGUAUGCAAUGAGUGUGGGAAAGGAUUCACCACGAAGAACCGUCUGAUUGAACACCAGCGAACUCACACUGGAGAGAAACCCUAUGUGUGCAGUGAAUGUGGAAAAGGCUUUACCAGGAAGAGUAACCUCAUUGUGCAUCAGAGAAAUCAUACGGCAGAGAAAUCCUAUGUAUGUGACGAAUGUGGAAAAGGUUUCACGGUGAAGAGCAUGCUUAUCAUACAUCAGCGAACGCAUACUGGAGAGAAACCCUACACCUGCAGUGAGUGUGGGAAAGCUUUCACCACGAAGCAUUAUGUCCUCAUACACCAACGAAAUCAUACAGGAGAGAAGCCAUACGUAUGCAAUGAGUGUGGUAAAUCAUUCACCACGAAGAUCCGUCUGAUUGAACAUCAGCGAACUCACACUGGAGAGAAACCCUACACCUGCAGUGAGUGUGGAAAAGGCUUCCCCUUGAAGAGUCGGUUGGUUGUACAUCAGCGAACACAUACUGGAGAGAAACCAUACAGAUGCAGUGAAUGUGGGAAAGGAUUCAUCGUGAAUAGUGGGCUGAUGUUACACCAGCGAACUCAUACUGGAGAGAAACCCUAUAUAUGCAAUAAAUGUGGAAAAAGUUUUGCCUUUAAGAGCAACCUUACGGUACAUCAGUGGACUCAUACCGGGGAGAAACCCUUUUUGUGCAGUGAAUGUGGAAAAGGCUUCACCAUGAAACGCUAUCUCCUCGUACAUCAGCAAAUUCAUACAGAAGAGAAGUCCUAUAUGUGUGGUGAGUGUGGAAAAGGCUUUGCCAUGGAAACUGAGCUCAUUUUACAUCAGCAAAUCCAUACUGGAGAGAAACCUUAUGCGUGCAAUGCAUGCGGGAAAGUCUUUGCUGUGAAAAGUCGUCUAAUCGUCCAUCAACGAACUCACACCGGAGAGAAACCUUUUGUGUGCAGUGAAUGUGGGAAGGGCUUCUCUUCAAAGAGAAAUCUCCUUGUACAUCAUAGAACUCAUAAUGGGAACAAACCCUAACAAUGCAAUGAAUAUGGUCACACCUUCAGGAAAAAUAAUAUGCCUUGUACAAUGUCAGAGACUUCACACAAGAUAGACUUAUAUGUACUGAUCUCAUGACCCACCAGGUAAGUGACACAGUAGACAAAGUGUAUGUAUGCAAUUAGUCUGAGAAAGCCUUCAAUAUGAAUUCAGCACUCACGGUAUAUGAAAGAACUUAGAAAAUAAAAGACAGACUGUGUAUUCAAUGAUUGGGGUAACCUUUCAUUUGUCAAGCCUUAUUAAUACACAAAAUGUGUAGUCAAGGUACAUAAUCCUUUGCAGAGUCUGAAUUCAUUACUUACAAGUGAACUCGUGCAAGGGACAAAGUCAAACCGUGAGUUCAGUGCAGUGUGCUCCUAGCAUACUUGAAUAUAGUCAGUGUACUUUAUUAACCUGUUGCUAGCCUUUCACUCAUGGGAAAUUAUGGAAUUUGCAUAGGAGUGAAAUUUAAUGAAUGCAAAGAAUGUGCUCGUGCCUUAGGUGAUAAAUUACCUUACACUGUAUGUCAAAAUUAAUACAGAAGAAAAAUGCAGAAAGUCUUGAGGAAACAUUUCUCACAUGAAAUAACAUUUCCCACACUCACUGCAGGUAAUGAUAUGUCUGAAAAGUAUAUGCUAAUAGAAAUCACAUGCAUAGAAACACUAGGAAAGCCUGCUGUGGGAAUAAAGACUAUCUCAUUAGUGAUCACAGUAGAUCAUCAGUGAGCUUGUACACAGUAGCAACAUGAUGGUCAUGGGAAAGCCUUUGUUUAGAAAUAAACCUGAAUAAGUUGCCUGAUAUUCAUGCUGGAGAAUAAUUUUAGAUGGCAAAGAAUAUGGCAGAAUUAAUCAUUUCUCAUGAGUUCAUACAGCAAUAAAACUGCUGGAAACACACUUAAUGUAGAGUGACUCCAGCAAAAUAUCACAGAAUUCAUGAAGAAAGCUUUGUAAAAAUGGUAUCUACUUGAGUUUUCUAAGCCAAGUCUAAACUUAUUAUAUAACUGAUGUCCAUUCUGGGACAGGAUACCUUGAACCAUAUACUCAAUGGUUCCAUAAAUUUAAAGUAGGCAAUUCUCAACACUGAUUAAAUGUUAAUGUUAUAUACAAGCAGGAGUGUUCUGUGUCCACUUCGUAUCAUUAUAUGAUUAGCUCUUACAUUUCCUGGGCUCUAAAUUCAUCCCUUUCAAUGUACUGUGUACUUCAGAAGUAAAAGAAAUAUACUCAUAAUUCCACAUCAUUGGAUGUAUUUAUCUAAGUUUAUAAGUUUUGAAAACAUCUUAAAUAUGAUCUUUCUGAAAUAUGUUUUGGAAUGAUUUUAGACUCACAAGGAAUUACAAAUCAUACAAAGUUCCUAGGGACCUUUACUCGGCCUCUUCAGUAAUAGAACCUGAUAUAUCAUCAAAACCAGUAAAAUGAAAUCAAAACCAAUAAAAUACUGUUAAGUAGACUAUAGACCUUAUUUGGAUUUCACUAGUUUUGUUAUGCUUCCAUUUGUGUGAGGUUUUUUUUGUUUUGUUUUGUUUUUUGGUGUUGAGGUCUAAGAAAUUUUAUCACAUGUAUAGAUAUCUGUAAAUCCUGCCACAAUCAGGAUGUAGAAUUGUUGUACCAACACAAAGAUACAUCCACCUGCUACCGCUUUAUACACACACUGUCCCCCAACCCUGACCUAUGGGCACCACUGAUCAGUACUCCAUAGCUCUAAUUUUAUCAUUUCUUAAAAUGGAAUGUAUGUAAUCUUUGAGCUGGGCUGUUUUCCCCCCACUCAGCAAAUUGCUCUUAAGAUCCAUCCACUUUGUUGGGUGUAUAAACAGUUUUCCUUUUUUGUUACUGAGUAGUAUUUUUCAGUAUGGGUGUACCAUUUGUUAAUCUGUUCACUGUUGAUGGAUGUUUGGGUUGUUUCCAGCAUUUCAUUGUUAUGAAUAAAGAUGUUAUCAACAUUUAUGUA